AUGCCGGUUACUCGAAUACCAAUAGACGGACUAUGGCGCUGUCUUUGUCCCUCGAUCGAUGCGAUAUCAGCUUCCUGCCAUGCAAUCUCCACCUUGCCUGCUACGAAACCUUCGAUUCGACCUGCCACCGGUAGUAAGAGGCUCAUCCGUCGAAAUUUCCACAGCUCGAUCCGCGUUGGACAACGACCCCCUGAAGACGCUACUCUUGGGGGACACUCGAUUGAUGUAAAGAAAGGGUCUGGGGCUGGGAAACCUUUCUUUACCUCGGGGUCACAAUCGGCAAUACCAAGUCGAACUCCACAAGAAGCCCUCCCGGAUACUCCCGCCUUGUCAGAGGCCCUCGAUGCCGAGAAAGCCAACAGAAUAGCCAAUUCUGAGGCAGAGGAAUCACAUCAAAUACCGAGCAAUAACAAUGUAGAGCUUCCUCUUCCGCCGCCUAUAAGGUUCGCUGGGAAUCCUGCGCCAGUGAGAAAGGUCGAGGGGGGUGUUUAUAACACCCCUAUAAGGGAUAUUUACGAUCGCCUACGGAGGAUCAGAAAUGAGGAAGGGGCUUUCACGAGUAUCUUGGAAAUAGUUCAGUUCUUGAUAACGGUCAAGGGGGAGAAACUAUCUCUAUUUCACUACGAUGCGCUUAUAAGGGCGAAUGCUGAUGCGGCACAUGGGAGUGUGGAUGCUGUGAAGUUGUUGUUACAAGAGAUGAAGGAAGAGGGGAUUGGUGGGGAUUCCGGACUCUACCAUGCUGUUCUACGAGUAUUAGCUAUCCAUCCUGAUUACCUUCUGCGGAACGAGAUUAUGCAAGAGAUGAAACAACGUUGGUUCGGGCUUUCCCCCGAAGGAUGGCAUGACCUCGUAACUGGGCUUCUCCGUGAUCGACAAUAUGAAAUGGCGAUGGACAAACUAGAACAGAUGCGAUCUGAUCAGAUAUAUGUCCAACCAUGGCUCUAUGAUAUAUUCACAUACAACCUUUGCGAGGUAGGAGAGCUCGAUGAGGCAUUCAAGUUGCUGUGUUACAGAUAUGAGAAAGAUAGAAAGGAGAUCUCGCCUCGUCUCUGGUAUUACCUCCUAGACAAAUUUACUAGCGACUUUCAUAGCUUCGCGGGAUUAAUCCAUUUCAAACAGUACCAAGCCACGAGGUACAUCUGGAAAUUUCGUGUCGGCAAUGGCUUUCUGAAUCCCCAUGACGGGAUAUGCGUCAAUGCACUCAAUCUUGCAGCCCGAAACGCUGAUCCAGCUCUCGCAACCUCUGCAGUCAGAAUCAUAUCGUCGCGGCGGACUUCUCUCGCCCCAUUCCAUUAUGAAGCACUCCUGGCGGCUUAUACCGGAUCCGAGGACCUUGACACUGCUUUCCGGAUCCUAGGCAUCAUUCGAAAAGCCGGGUUCGAACCAGACUCGUCCACUACCCGUCCCCUAUUUAGCUAUCUAAUUACUCACAGUCAUCUACCCCGCAAAGCAUGGAUUGUGCUAGAGGAUCAAUUCAAAGAGGGCCACACCAUCCACAUUGCAGCUAUCAAUGUAGUAAUCGAAGCAUGUAUUGCUAAAGGACAACUUGAUGACGCUAUUAAACUGUACAAAGUACUCCAUACGCUCUGUGAAGCUGGGCCGAAUCUAGAAACUUUCAAUAUUCUCCUACAAGGCGCUGCAAAAAAGAGAGCAAAGGACUCGGCUAUGUUCCUUGCUGCUGAGAUGAUAGCACUUGACAUCAAGCCGGAUCAUCUGACCUAUGAUCGCUUAGUCGUCGUCUGUCUGCACCAAGACGAUUACGAGGAUGCGUUCAAGUAUCUCGAGGAGAUGGUGGAGAGUGGCAAAGACAAGUUCGAGGACGGACAGAAGGGAUGGUGGCUGAGACGUGGUACUGCUUCUGCUCUGGUGAGGAGAUGUGCUUAUGCUGGGGAUAAGCGGGCCUGGGAGAUUCUGGAGCAGAUGAAGAAGAAACGUAUGGGGGCGUAUCUGGUGGAGGACAACGCUAAACAAAUCUGGGGGGAGGUCUUUCCAGACACCCAGGAGAAGCGGACACAAACACAGCGGUAUACGUGGUAG